AUGUUUGAUCGGGUUGUGUUGAAGACCUACCACCAUGGGACUGCUAUGCUUGGGAAGGACAAAGAGAAACAUAAAGAGGUGUUAAAAUGCUUUUCUACAUAUGUUAAGGGAAGGGUUGAGGCUGCUGGUAUAUUGCCUUUGCUGACAUGCAACCUUCCCUCAGUGGACAAGACCAUGCUGUCGGCGUUUGUUGAGAGAUGGAAGCCGGAGACUUCAUCUUUUCAUAUGCCAUUUGGGGAGAUGACUAUCACACUGGAUGAUGUUAGCUCUUUGCUACACAUCCCUGUGGCGGGAAAAUUCUUGAGUCUCCCAACUCUAACUCGUGAGGAAGCAGCCAUUGUAUUGCAUAAGCAGCUUGGUAUUACGCAAGCAGAGGCUGAAGCGGAGAUCCGGAAGUCCUUAAGACCUUGUGCUCGGUAUGCAUGGCUUCUGGCUGUAGCUGAGAAGAUGGCCAAGGAGGGAAAGACCAAGAAAGCUGCUAGAGCCUUCUUGUUGUGUUUGGUGGGGAUGACAAUUUUCUGUACCAAGACAAACAACAAGGUUGAGGUUUCAUAUUUGGGGUUGUUUAUGGACUUGAGAAGGUUGAGGAGUAUGCAUGGGGCACCAUGGCAUUGA